CACAAACAAACUGUGCUGUGAUUGGACAAAAUUAACCAAAACAUUACCAGGCGUCAUUUACCACAUUGCUAACAGUUAUGGCUGCUCCCAUGCACAGUGCCGCUAAAGUUACAGGAGAACGUCCAGUCUUCACGGCUACAAGUUUCCAGAAGAAAACCAGGAGCAAGUUCAUUUCCAUACCUGGUACCAGACCGUCGGUGCACAACGGGCAGCUUAUUGUGUCCACUGGUGUCACCUCCCUGGACUAUUUGCUCGGUGGUGGUCUCGCAGUUGGAACAGUCCUUCUCAUAGAGGAGGACCGAUAUGAUAGCUACUCUCGUAUGAUCCUGAAGUACUUCUUGGCAGAAGGAGUGGUGUGUCAGCAUGAACUUUUUGUAGCAGCAGCUCAUGAUAACCCACAUGACAUCUUACAGGAACUGCCUGCUCCCAUCUUGGAUGACAUUGCCGUCAACAAACCAGUAGAGCAACACAGGCUUUGUCAUAACCCUCAGGAUAAUCCAGAUGCCAUGAAGAUUGCUUGGCGCUAUCAGAAUCUUCCAAAGGUCUCGACUGCCCUGGCAUCUUCAUCCAGAUUUGGGCACUACUAUGAUGUCUCCAAGACGAUGGAGCCAGAAAUUCGUCAGGCAGCCAAGUGCCACUGCUUCUACCUUCCAGAACAUCCUAUGCAGUCAUCACCCACACACAGCCCCAUGCUUGAGUCCUACUCUGCAUUGCUGAAGUCACUUCAAGAGGUCAUAAAUAGACAGGGAUUUGGGCUUUCUACACCCAUGUCAACUUCCCGAAAUGUCAUGCGCAUCGGGCUUCAUUCUCUCGGCUCAGCUCUCUGGGGAGAUGACCUGUGUUGCCAUGACAACCCCAGGCACAGCCACGCCCUCACUACCUUUCUCUAUGGACUGCGAGCUUUGUUGAGGUCGUCGUUGGCCGUUGCAGUUGUCACCGUGCCCUCACAUCUCAUCGAGAACAGAGCUCUAGUGGGCAGCAUAACCAGGUUAUGUGACAAUGCCAUAGCCCUAGAAUCUUUCAAGGGCUCUGAGAGAGAUACCAACCCACUCUACAAAGAUUACCAUGGUCUUCUACAUGUGCGUCAGGUACCACACCUGAACUGUCUAGCAAGUCAACUCCCUGACCACAAGGACCUGGCAUUUAAACUCAAGAGGAAACAAUUUAGCAUUGAGAGACUGCAUUUGCCUCCAGACUUGUCUGACACUGUGAGUCGUGUGAGCAGGGGGGAGUUGGCAGGAGCAGCCAUGAUGGGUUCAGCCUGUGGAUCUGGCAGUUCCGGCAACAAACACCUGGACUUCUAGAGCUCGCACACGGCCGCCACAUGCAUCCUGGAACUCUGCAUUGUUGUCCUCUUUAUCAUGAUGACCAGGUUGUACCAUCACCCACAUAACGUCAAGAAGGAUAACUGAGCUACUCAUGAACACCGGACAACCGUGUCAGCUCAGAAUGAAGAUUUGGACGUCCACAGUACCUAAUAGACAUAUUACAUUUUAUGUUUCACAUCAGUUUUCUUAAAUCAGUGCCAUCAUUAUAUGUAUCAUGUAUGCAGUAUAUUUCGUGCCUAUAAAAGUACUGAACCUUG